ACUCCUACCUCCCAGCGAAACACCACACCUCUCCCCGUCGACGCAAGCAGCAGCAGCGGCACCCAUGGCCCCCAAGGCGGAGCAGAAGCCGGUGGUGGAGAAGGCCGAGAAGACCACGGCGGGGAAGAAGACCAAGGCCGAGAAGAGGCCGCCGGCGUCCAAGGAGGGCGGCCCUGACAAGAAGGGAAAGAAGAAGUCCAAGAAGAGCGUGGAGACGUACAAGAUCUACAUCUUCAAGGUGCUGAAGCAGGUGCACCCGGACAUCGGCAUCUCCUCCAAGGCCAUGUCCAUCAUGAACUCCUUCAUCAACGACAUCUUUGAGAAGCUUGCCGGCGAGUCCGCCAAGCUGGCCCGAUACAACAAGAAGCCAACCAUCACGUCCCGGGAGAUCCAGACAUCCGUCCGCCUCGUCCUCCCCGGCGAGCUCGCCAAGCACGCCGUCUCUGAGGGCACCAAGGCCGUCACCAAGUUCACCUCCUCCUAGAUGGGCUGCUCCCUGCCACGCUGGCCGAUCGAUGCCGCUCUCUAGUUAGUUAGCUGUUCCUACUGUGUCAUCUUGUAAGUUUCAUGAACUGGAGAAAUAGUAACAGUGCUGAUUUAUUCUGUUUUAA